GUGUAGAAUUUAUUUUUCUCUAUUCAAAUAUUUGACAAUAUUAUCACUAUGAGCUGUGAAGRAAACACAAAGAAAGAAGACGUGUGUGAAAUCUGUGGUGGUAAAGAAGUCAAGUAUCGUUGCCCUUCUUGUAUGAGGCGGACAUGUAGUUUGCAGUGUGUCAAGCAUCAUAAAAAAUCGUAUAAUUGUGAUGGGAUACGUUGUAAAACGACGUAUGUAUCCAAAACUGACUACAACUACAAUAACAUGAUCAGUGAUUACAGGUUCCUGGAAGAUACUGAAAGAGUGGCUUAUAGUGCAAGUUCAAAUAAAAAACACAAAAAUUUCAACCGAUCUGCUGUAACAUUGUUGAAAAARGCAAGACAAAAUGGAGUCACUCUAAAAUUAAUGCCAAUUGGAAUGAGUAAAAGAAUGACAAACACUUCUCACUUUAAUCACAGAACUAAAUGCAUCAUGUGGCGAGUAAGAUGGUCAUUCCCACAGGCCGAUGCAGAGUAUGUCAACAAAAAAGUUUCAGAAAAUAAGGUACUGAAAGACUUGCUUAAAGGCUACAUUGAUCCAUUAGAAAGUGAUCCAGUAAUUCGGCAAAGACUCAAGUCAUACAUACAGACUCCUGUCGAACAGGUUUCUGUUUUCUUAAAGAUGGAGUAUCAGCCUGCCAAUCAAGMAAGAUACUUUUCACUUGAUCUAAAUCAAACUCUAAGGGAGUGUCUUUGGGGGAAAACAAUCAUUGAAUUUCCUACAUUCCAUGUUGUAUUACCUGAUAAAGCAGACAUGUAUAUAGUACAAGACUCAUCAGCAARACAAGAUGCUCAACAAACAAUGAAAGUUAAGGAGAACCAGAACACAAGAGAAACUGUGACAAGUCAGCAUUGUAACUCAACUGAAAGUAUAGACUAUCCACAGGAUGAAUCCAGUGAGCGCCAAGAGAACCAGGCAGAUAAAUUAAUAGAAAUUGUAGAAUCCUAGCAAUUACAAUGUAUGUAUAAUGUAUGUAAUAUUUGACAUUUUUUUAUGCUACUUUUGUAUGAAAUACCAUCACUCCAAGGGAUAUUUAACAAUUCCAGUUAGUCCAUUUUUUCCCAAAAAAUUAUGGGGAAAAUUUGAAAAAAAAAGGCUGUACAGAACAAUUUUUCUCUGCAUACUUUCRAGUAUUUUUGCUUCAUUUGAUGCAAUAAACCAUAGUUCAGUAGCCAAUAAGAGUGCUGGAUUUGUGGUAGCCCAUAGUUUCAUGAUAAAUACUAAUAGUGAUUAUAUUAGUAACUUUUACCAAACCUCCUAAGGCUGAGGGGGUGUUAAUUUUAAAACCACUAGUAUCAUAAAGUAGCCAUUUUAUUACUUUGAUCACUGAAACAAUAYAAGACACGUGUAAGGUACAACAUUUCAUAUCUUUAUUGAUUGGAAGAAAAGCCUUAGCAACUGAAUGUCAAGCAAAUGUUGAAACAUUAUUACAAUGAGUCAAGUGAAACACCAUAGAGCUCCGGUGAAUAACAAUAGUGAUAACGUACCAGAAWAGUUUCCAGAAAACCAUGAAAUUYAGUGUUACAGCUGUGACCAGUCCAAAAAAAACUUUACAAUGCAAUUAUAAGAAAUCAACUGAAGUUCUUUGGCAACAACUGUCACCCGUUUGCUGGAAAAUGUUGAUUGACAGCAGACUACCACUAAUAUUGCUUUUCAAGAAUUUUGUUCAGUCUAGUUGUGUAGCAGUGGCAGUUAAACCUGUGAAAGUAUUGUGGAAAUAGAUAGUUCAAAUACACUUCAGCAUAAUUCAUAUCAUCUUUUGUACUAUGCUGCCACAGCUAUUAGAAAUUAUUAUUCACAGGUUUAUGAAGACCACUAAUAAACUAGUCACUUUCACAAAGAUUGUUGAAAUCAAAAAUACAAUAUCAUUAUACCAUAUUUUGAAGUUUUGAGUAUCAAAAUGACACGUGUAAUGAUUACUUUUGAUUUCAACAACUUUGUAAAAAAGACUUCAAUAACUAUUUGCGGUAACAGUAUAAUUCUGAAAAAAAAAACAUGAUGAGAAGUUAUGAAAGAUAUAAUAUAAGAAAUAUGAACUUUCCAGUAUUAAUAGUGAUUAUAUGUAGAUCUGUCUAACAUCCAAUUAAUACAUUUUGUAGAAAAUGAGAGCAUUGCUAAGGAUUUUCAAUCCAUUUGAUUAUGAGACACUGACAAAACUUGUCAAUAAAACUCCAGUUCAUCUAACAAAUACAUCAGUAUUUCUGAAGCUUGAGUUAUCCCUGUUUGAACAAAGAAAAAUUGAAUUAUGUUCAGCCAAAAAUUCUCACUUGAAUUGUAUGUGAAUCAAUCAUUCAACUAUAAAAAUGUCAAUCAAAUAAAAUGUUGAGCGUUAUCAUA